AUUAUUUCUCUGUCACCCACAUCCUCCUCCUUACUUUCAUUUCUCUCAUCUCUGUCUCUCUCUGUGAAGCCAUGACUGCCCAACUGCUUCCCGAGCAACCACUUCAGACCAAUAUUCACCUCUUGGGAAGAGACAAUAACUCCCCUUCUUUCCAUAAAAGAUUGGAGGGGAAAGUGGCUAUCGUAACCGGAGGCGCCAAGGGAAUCGGAGAAGCCACAGUGAGACUAUUCGCUAAACACGGCGCCAAAGUAGUAAUCGCGGAUGUGGAGGAUGUCCUCGGCCAGACUUUGGCCGAAACGCUCUCUCCAUUCCCAGUCUCCUUCGUCCACUGUGACGUCAGCUCCGAGGAAGACGUGGAGAACCUCGUCAGCACCACCGUGUGCCGUCACGGCCAAGUGGACAUCAUAUUCAACAACGCCGGAGUCCUUGGCAGCCAAUCCAAGGCCCGUAAGAGCAUCCUUGACUUUGACCCUGACGAGUUCGAGCGCGUGAUGCGCGUGAACGUCAAGGGCGUUGCCUUAGGGAUCAAGCACGCAGCGCGCGUGAUGAUUCCCAGAGCCACCGGAUGCAUAAUCUCCACUGCCAGUGUGGCAGGCGUCUUGGGCGGCCUUGGCCCACACGCCUACACCGCAUCUAAACACGCCAUUGUCGGACUCACAAAGAAUACCGCCUGCGAGCUCGGCCGCUACGGCAUACGUGUCAACUGCAUCUCCCCCUUCGGAGUUGCCACGUCGAUGCUCGUCAACGCGUGGAGGGCUGACGUGGACGAGGAGGACCAAUGUAUGAACUUCGGGGUACCGUCGGCGGCUGAGGUGGACAAAAUGGAGGAGUUCGUUAGGGGUCUGGCCAAUCUGAAGGGCCCCACAUUGAGGCCUAAGGACAUAGCCGAAGCCGCGCUUUAUCUGGCCAGUGAUGAAUCUAAGUACAUCAGUGGCCAUAAUCUCGUCGUUGAUGGUGGAAUUACCACUUCCAAUAAUUGUAUUGGCUUGUAAUUUUUUAUUUUUUAAAAUUUUUUUUUCCAGGUAUUGAUGAUAUGCCUGUUGGUUGUACUUUUAGAGUAGGAUUAAUUUAAUUUUUAUAAUUAUUUUUAAAAUUGUUGUUUGUUGUUCUAUAAAUAUUUGAAGUACAAUAGAUGAAUAUGCGGAUAUUAGUCAGUU